AUGGUUCUAAGGGGUUUUCGGAGAUUUAGGUUGUUCUUCUCAUACUUCAAGGAUUUGGUGGGACAAGAAGUGACGGUUGAGCUGAAGAACGAUUUAGCAAUCACAGGGACACUUCAUUCAGUUGAUCAGUACCUCAACAUCAAGCUCGAGAACACUCGUGUUGUUGACCAGGACAAGUACCCUCACAUGCUGUCGGUGAGAAACUGUUUCAUCAGAGGGUCAGUGGUGAGGUACGUGCAGUUACCUCCUGAUGGAGUUGAUGUUGAUUUACUCCACGAUGCAGCUAGAAGAGAAGCCAGGGGUGGAUGAUAGAUGAUUCUGUCAAAAACCGUUGUAUCUCCAAACUUAAUCUUUUGAUUUACAAGACUUGAUCUUUUCUUUUUCAUGUAAUGCCUUGAAAUUGAAUGAAUCUGGUUUCAUUAUCUUUAUAAAAGGAUAAUCUGUUUUCUC